CCUCAGACUGAUUCAUCGAUUACAUUCGCCUUUUACAACAUAGAUAUUCGCUUUAAAUUUAACAGCAAGGGGAUACAGUCGGGUUUUAUCGCAGGGAUAUUAGUUAAGGUUUCAUCAUGGGUUCAGUGUUGCCUGCAGAUGCUCUGGUUCUGAAGGCUGGAUUUAAGCAGCAGACUCUGGCCCUGUCCGACAUCAUCACAUCAGACAUCCUGCACAGUUUCCUGUACGGCCGCUGGAGGAACGUCCUGGGCGAACACCUGUUCGAGGAGAAGACCAGCACUGUCAGCCCCAAAACUGCCUUCACCGCCGAGGUCCUGGCGCAGUCUUUCUCCGGAGAGGUCCAGAAACUCUCCAGUUUAGUGCUGCCAAGUGAAGUCAUCAUUGCGCAGAGCUCAAUCCCUGGAGAAGGACUUGGCAUCUUCUCCAAGACCUGGAUAAAAGCUGGCACCGAGAUGGGUCCCUUCACAGGCAGGGUCAUUUCACCCGAGCAUGUGGAUCUCUUCAAGAACAACAAUCUCAUGUGGGAGGUUUUUAAUGAAGAUGGCACGGUGCGCUAUUUCAUCGAUGCCAGCCAAGAGGAUCAUCGCAGCUGGAUGACUUACAUCAAAUGCGCGCGCAACGAGCAAGAACAGAACCUGGAGGUCGUGCAGAUCGGAAGCAGUAUAUUUUACACAGCAGUAGAGACAAUACCUCCAGAUCAAGAACUGCUUGUGUGGUAUGGAAAUUCCCUCAGCACUUUCCUGGGUAUCCCUGGAGUCCCUGGCAUAGAGGAUGAACAACAGAAGAAUAAAAAAAUUGAUGAUUUCCACCUGUGCGACACCUCCUCCACUACCUCGCUUUCCACCGCCAGCCGCAUGCGCUGCGUCAUCUGCCACCGCGGCUUCAACUCCCGCAGUAACCUGCGCUCCCACAUGCGCAUACACACUCUGGACAAGCCCUUCGUCUGCCGUUUCUGCAACCGCCGCUUCAGCCAGUCCUCCACCCUCCGUAACCACGUGCGCCUCCACACGGGCGAGCGCCCCUACAAGUGCCACGUCUGCCAGAGCGCGUACUCCCAGUUGGCAGGGCUGCGGGCGCACCAGAAGAGUGCCAGGCACCGGCCGGCCAACACAGGGUCUGUAGUUGGGCUGCAGACCCACUCGCCCCCUCCUCCACCUCCUCAACUGGCACAGGUUCCUCACCCGGCCUCGCUGGUGCAUCACAUACCCACCAUGGUGCUAUGAGAAGGCAUGAAGCGUCUUAGAUGUUUGCGAUCUCACAGGCUGUUCUUCAGUGCUGCCGGCUCAUGUGUUGAAGUCUGUCUAUGACAAGCUGGCCCUGAGUACUCUCACCUUUAGCGGA